AUGAUACAUCGACAAAAACUGAAGGAAGAGAAGGAAGCCAAGCGGGCUCAUUUGGACGGCAGGCACAACUACUUAUUUUCAAUUGUAGCUUCUUGUGUGGACCUGAACAAAGCGGAAGUGGAAGAUGCCAUUCUUGAGGGGAAUCAGAUUGAAAGAAUCGAUCAACUCUUCGUGGCUGGAGGUCUCCGUCACCUCGUGUUUUACUAUCAGGAUGUGGAGGUUGCAGAAACAGGACAACUCACCCCUUCAGGAGGGGUAAAUCUUGCUUCUGGAAAGAUUACGAAACCCAAGGUGUUCGUGACCGAGGGAAAAGAUGUUGCUCUUACUGGGGUAUGUGUGUUCUUCAUCAGGACUGACCCUUCCAAAGCCAUCACUCCUGAGAACAUCCAUCGGGAAGUGUGCUUUAACAUGCUAGACACUGCUGACGGGGGCCUCCUAAACAGCAUGAGACGCUUGCUCUCAGACAUCUUCAUUCCUGCUCUCAAAGCCACGGACCAUGGCUGGGGUGAGCAUGAUGGUCUUCAGGAAGCGUCCAGCAUCCGCCAGGACUUCCUGUGCUCUCUGGAAGGCUUUGUGGGUGUCCUGUCGAGUGCUCAAGAGAGUCUGAAAGAGAAGGUGAACCUUCAAAAGUGUGACGCAUUUGAACUGAAAACCCUGCGGGAACCUAUGGACUACUUGGCGAUAGCUAAUAAUCCUGAGAUUUUGGAAAAAAUAGAGGGUUGUAUGAAAGUAUGGAUCAAACAGACAGAACAGGUCCUUGCUGAAAACAAUCAGCUACGAAAGGAAGCGGAUGACCUCGGGCCCCGAGCAGAGCUGGAGCACUGGAAGAAAAGGCUGUCCAAAUUUAACUACCUUUUGGACCAGUUGAAAAGGCCAGAUGUGAAGGCGGCGCUGGCUGUGCUUGCUGCUGCCAGGUCGAAACUCCUGAAGACUUGGCGGGAGAUGGAUAUUCGGAUCACUGAUGCAGCUAAUGAAGCGAAGGACAAUGUCAAAUAUUUGUACACACUGGAAAAAUGUUGUGAUCCCCUGUACAGCAGCGAUCCUAUAUCCAUGAUUGAUGCUAUUCCUACACUUAUAAAUGCAAUCAAAAUGAUCUAUAGUAUCUCUCAUUAUUAUAACACUUCUGAGAAGAUAACAUCUCUGUUUGUAAAGGUGACAAAUCAGAUGAUAUCUGCGUGUAAAGCCUAUAUUAGCAACAAUGGAACUGCUUCCAUCUGGAACCAGCCGCAGGAUGUUGUUGUGGAAAAAAUAUUAUCUACAAUUAAACUUAAGCAGGAAUACCAGCACUGCUUUCACAAGACAAAGCAAAAGCUCAAACAAAUUCCAAAUGAAAAACAAUUUGAAUUUAGUGAGAUGUACAUUUUUGGAAAAUUCGAAACUUUCCAUCGACGCCUUGCCAAGAUAUUAGACAUCUUUACAACCUUCAAGACGUAUUCGGUCCUACGGGAUUCUAAAAUCGAAGGGCUGGAAAACCUGAUAGCUAUGUUCCAGGGCAUUGUUGUGACUAUAAAGAAAAAAGAAUAUAAUUUCUUAGACCAGCGGAAAAUGGAAUUUGACCAAGAUUAUGAAGAGUUUUGCAAGCAGACUAAUGACCUUCACAAUGAGUUGCAGAAGUUCAUGGAUGUAACAUUUGAAAAGAUUCAAAACACAAAUCAAGCUCUAAGUAUGUUAAAGAAAUUUGAAAGAUUGAAUAUACCUAAUCUCGGUAUUGAUGACAAAUACCGGCUUAUCCUUGAGAACUAUGGAGCUGACAUUGACAUGAUUUCAAAGCUAUAUACAAAGCACAAAUACGAUCCUCCUUUGGGUCGAGACCAGCCUCCUAUCGCUGGGAAGAUUUUGUGGGCCCGUCAGCUCUUCCACAGAAUUCAGCAACCAAUGCAGCUUUUCCAGCAGCACCCGACCGUGCUACAAACGGCUGAGGCCAAACCUAUCAUUCGCAGUUACAACAGGAUAGCCAAGGUCCUCCUGGAGUUUGAGGUCCUCUACCAUAGGGCAUGGCUUCAACAAAUUGAAGAAAUUCACGUAGGACUUGAGGCUUCUUUAUUGGUGAAGGCACCAGGCACAGGGGAAUUGUUCGUAAACUUUGACCCUCAGAUAUUAACUUUAUUUAGAGAAACAGAGUGUAUGUCACAGAUGGGCCUGGAAGUCUCUCCAUUUGCUGCUGCCCUCUUCCAGAAACGGGACAUAUACAAAAAGAACUUCAGUAACAUGAAGAUGAUGCUGGCUGAAUAUCAGAGAGUAAAGUCAAAAAUGCCUCCCACCAUUGAGCAACUGAUGGCCCCUCAUUUAGCUAAAGUGGAUGAAACUCUCCAAUCUGGCUUGGCCGCACUGAACUGGACAUCACUGAAUAUUGAGGCAUAUUUAGAAAGCACGUUUGAAAAGAUCAAGGAACUGGAGUUGCUGCUGAACAGGGUCAAUGACUUGAUUGAGUUCCGUAUCGACGCCAUUCUAGAAGAAAUGAGUAGCACACCUCUCUGCCAACUCCCCCAGGAGGAGCCACUUACCUGUGAAGAGUUUCUCCAGAUGACAAAGGACCUUUGUGUAAAUGGUGCCCAGAUACUACAUUUUAAAAGCUCAUUAGUGGAGGAAGCAGUCAAUGAACUAAUAAAUAUGUUGCUGGAUGUGGAAGUUCCAUCUAAAGAAGAAAGUGAAAAAGGAUCCAAAGAGAAUAGGGUUGAUUUGCAAAGUGACAGUUCAGGUAAGAGAUGUGAAGGAAAAUCUGACACCUUGACAUCUUCCCUGAAUGCCAGUGAAACUGGGGCUGGCCUUCUGCCCUUCAUGAUGAUCAAGAAAAAGAAGAAAGAGACUGUUAUGUUAGAGGAAGAAGCCUGCGAAUUGCUUUCUCACUUCAACCAUCAAAAUGCCGAUGCUCUGCUGAAAGUUACCAGGAACACACUAGAGGCCAUUCGCAAGCGCAUUCAUGCCUCCCACACAGUUCACUUCCGGGACAGAAACAACAUAUCCAAGAUGAAACCGAACAGUCUGCCCAUUUUCCAGGCGGGCAUCACGCUGGCCAUUCCCCACAUCGCCAUGACCCCUGCCCUGGAGGACAUACAGCAGACCCUGAACAAAGCUGUGGAGUGCAUAGUCAGCGUCCCCAAAGGGGUUCGACAGUGGAGCAGUGAGCUGUUGUCCACGAAAAAGAUGCGUGAAAGAAAAAUGGCUGCUUUGAGGAAUAAUGAAGACAGUGAUUCUGACAACGACAUGGGAGAAAAUGAACUUCAAGAUACCCUUGAAAUAGCAUCUGUACAUUUACCUAUUUCAGUGCAACCCAAGAAUUAUUAUAAGAAUGUUGCUGACAACAAGGAGAUUGUAAAAUUAGUCUCUGUGCUUAGCACAAUCAUCAACUCCACAAAGAAGGAAGUUAUUACCUCUUUGGAUUGUUUCAAAUGCUACAAUCACAUUUGGCAAAAAGAGAAAGAAGAAACCGUUAUGACGUUUAUUGUGAAAAACCCCUUACUUUCUGAAUUUGAAUCUCAGAUUCUCUAUUUCCAAAACUUAGAGCAGGAGAUUAAUGCUGAGCCAGAGCACAUCUGUGUGGGCUGCAUUGCGCUGUACACAGCGGACUUGAAGUUAGCCUUGACUGCUGAGACAAAGGCCUGGAUGACUGUCAUAGGCCGCCACUGCAACAAAAAAUACAGAAGUGAGAUGGAGAACAUUUUUACACUUGUGGAAGAAUUCAAUAAGAAACUGAAUCGUCAAAUUAAAGACCUGGACGAUAUUCGGAUCGCUAUGGCAGCACUGAAAGAAAUCAGGGAGCAGCAGAUCGCCAUCGACUUUCAAGUGGGACCCAUUGAGGAAUCCUAUGCCUUGCUUAACAAAUAUGGACUUCUGAUAGCAAAAGAAGAGAUGGACAAAGUUGACACUCUGCGCUACGCGUGGCAGAAGCUUCUGGCGCGUGCCAGCGACGUGCAGAAGGAGUUAGUCUCUCUGCAGCCCAGCUUCAGGAAGGAGCUCGUCAGUACCGUGGAGGUCUUCCUUCAAGACUGCCACCAGUUCUAUCUGGAUUAUGAUUUGAAUGGUCCAAUGGCUAUUGGCUUGAAACCACAGGAAGCCAGUGAUAGGCUUAUAAUGUUUCAGAAUCAAUUUGAUAAUAUCUAUCGGAAAUACAUCACCUAUACUGGGGGAGAAGAACUUUUUGGUCUGCCAGUCACGCAAUAUCCUCAGCUUCUCGAAAUAAAGAAGCAACUGAAUCUGCUACAGAAAAUAUACACUCUGUACAACACUGUCAUAGAAACUGUAAACAGUUAUCAUGAUAUUCUUUGGUCGGAAGUGAAUAUUGAAAAAAUCAACAAUGAACUCUUAGAAUUCCAGAACAGGUGUCGCAAACUGCCCAGGGCCUUAAAGGACUGGCAGGCUUUUCUGGACCUGAAGAAAACCAUUGACGAUUUCAGUGAGUGCUGCCCCCUGUUGGAGCACAUGGCCAAUAAGGCCAUGAUGGCAAGGCACUGGGAACGAAUAACAGCUCUCACUGGGCACCAUCUGGAUGUGGGGAAUGAAACCUUCAAGUUAAGAAAUAUUAUGGAGGCACCUCUUCUGAAAUACAAAGAGGAAAUUGAGGACAUCUGUAUCAGUGCAGUGAAGGAGAGAGACAUUGAGCAAAAGCUGAAGCAAGUGAUCAAUGAAUGGCACAACAAAAGCUUCACGUUCGGCAGCUUUAAAACCCGUGGAGAACUCCUCCUGCGAGGAGACAGUACCUCUGAAAUCAUCACCAACAUGGAGGACAGCUUGAUGUUGCUGGGUUCUCUGCUGAGCAACAGGUACAAUAUGCCAUUCAAAGCCCAGAUUCAAAAAUGGGUGCAGUACCUUUCUAACUCAACAGACAUCAUCGAGAACUGGAUGACGGUGCAAAACUUAUGGAUUUACUUAGAAGCCGUCUUUGUGGGAGGAGACAUUGCCAAGCAACUGCCCAAGGAAGCCAAGCGCUUUUCCAACAUAGAUAAAUCUUGGGUGAAGAUCAUGACUCGGGCGCACGAAAUGCCAAAUGUGGUUCAGUGCUGUGUUGGAGAUGAGACCAUGGGACAGCUUUUACCCCACUUGCUGGACCAGCUGGAAAUAUGCCAAAAAUCCCUUACCGGAUACUUGGAGAAGAAGCGACUUUGUUUUCCUCGGUUCUUCUUCGUCUCGGACCCUGCCCUUCUGGAGAUUCUGGGUCAGGCCUCGGACUCACACACCAUACAAGCCCAUUUGCUGAAUGUGUUUGACAACAUUAAAACCGUCAAGUUUCAUGAAAAGAUCUAUGAUCGCAUUCUGUCCAUUUCCUCUCGAGAGGGUGAGACGAUUGAAUUGGGUAAACCUGUGAUGGCAGAGGGCAACGUGGAAGUGUGGCUCAAUUCUCUCUUGGAAGAAUCUCAGUCCUCAUUACAUCUGGUGAUUCGCCAGGCAGCAGCCAGUAUUCAAGAAACAGGUUUCCAACUGAUUGAAUUUCUUUCUUCCUUCCCUGCUCAGGUGGGACUUUUAGGGAUUCAGAUGAUAUGGACCCGGGAUUCGGAAGAAGCCCUUACAAAUGCCAAGUCUGAGAAAAAAAUCAUGCAGAAAACCAAUCAGUCUUUCCUGGACCUUCUGAACACACUGAUCGACAUCACCACGAAGGACCUGAGUUCUGUGGAACGAGUUAAAUAUGAGACUUUGAUCACCAUUCACGUGCACCAGAGGGACAUCUUUGAUGACCUGUGUCAGAUGCAUGUCAAGAGCCCCACGGACUUUGAGUGGCUGAAGCAGUGCAGGUUUUACUUUCAUGAAGACUCUGACAAGAUGAAGAUCCAUGUCACAGAUGUGAAUUUCACCUACCAGAAUGAGUUUCUGGGCUGCACGGAGAGACUUGUCAUAACUCCACUCACAGACAGGUGUUACAUCACAUUGGCUCAAGCUCUGGGGAUGAGCAUGGGGGGAGCCCCCGCUGGACCUGCAGGGACAGGUAAAACAGAAACGACCAAAGAUAUGGGACGAUGUCUUGGGAAAUACGUCGUGGUUUUCAACUGUUCAGACCAGAUGGAUUUCCGAGGACUUGGACGGAUUUUUAAAGGACUGGCACAGUCUGGAUCCUGGGGUUGUUUUGAUGAAUUUAACCGUAUUGAUCUACCAGUUCUCUCCGUUGCGGCCCAGCAAAUUUCCAUUAUUCUGACAUGUAAAAAGGAGCGUAAAAAAUCUUUUAUUUUUACUGAUGGAGAUAAUGUGACGAUGAAUCCUGAGUUUGGACUUUUUCUAACCAUGAAUCCUGGCUAUGCCGGGCGGCAGGAACUCCCUGAAAACUUGAAGAUUAAUUUCCGCUCUGUGGCCAUGAUGGUCCCCGACCGUCAGAUUAUCAUACGGGUGAAGAUGGCUAGUUGCGGAUUUGUUGACAACAUCGUUCUGGCCAGGAAGUUUUUCACACUCUACAAGCUGUGUGAGGAGCAGCUCUCGAAGCAGGUGCACUAUGACUUUGGUCUGCGUAACAUUCUGUCAGUGCUGCGGACACUGGGAGCUGCGAAAAGAGCCAACCCCACUGAUACAGAGUCCACUAUUGUCAUGCGCGUUCUACGAGACAUGAAUCUCUCGAAACUGAUUGAUGAGGAUGAACCCUUAUUUUUGAGUUUGAUUGAAGACCUCUUUCCGAAUAUUCUUCUGGAUAAAGCAGGUUAUCCUGAACUGGAAACAGCAAUUAGUAGACAGGUCGAAGAGGCUGGUUUAAUCAACCAUCUUCCUUGGAAACUGAAAGUCAUCCAGCUGUUUGAAACACAGAGGGUGAGACAUGGAAUAAUGACCCUGGGGCCCAGCGGGGCAGGGAAAACCACCUGCAUCCACACCUUGAUGAAAGCCAUGACAGAUUGUGGGAAACCACACCGGGAAAUGAGAAUGAACCCCAAAGCGAUUACGGCCCCACAGAUGUUUGGUCGGCUUGAUGUGGCCACAAAUGACUGGACCGAUGGAAUAUUUUCUACCCUUUGGAGGAAAACCUUGCGAGCUAAGAAAGGGGAACAUAUCUGGAUAGUUCUUGAUGGUCCGGUAGAUGCCAUCUGGAUUGAAAAUCUGAAUUCUGUUUUGGAUGAUAACAAAACUCUAACCCUUGCCAAUGGUGAUCGGAUCCCCAUGGCUCCAAACUGCAAGAUCAUUUUUGAACCUCAUAACAUUGACAAUGCCUCUCCUGCUACGGUCUCAAGAAAUGGAAUGGUUUUCAUGAGCUCUUCUAUUCUCGACUGGAGUCCUAUUCUUGAGGGUUUUCUUAAAAAACGCUCGUCUCAAGAAGCUGAGGUUCUCCGUCAGCUGUAUACCAAGUCUUUUCCCGACCUGUAUCGCUUCAGUGCUCAGAACUUGGAGUUCAAGAUGGAGAUGCUUGAAGCCUUUGUAAUCAUGCAAAGUAUUAAUAUGCUUCAAGGCCUGAUUCCUCUGAAGGAGCAAGGUGGGGAGAUCACGUCCGAGCACCUGGGGCGGCUGUACAUCUUCUCCCUCAUGUGGAGCAUCGGGGCUGUCCUGGAACUGGACGGCCGGCGCAGAGUGGAGCACUGGCUGCGUUCCCAGGACUCGCUGACCUUGGACCUGCCAACGCUGGGUGGCGUGGAAGACACCAUGUUUGACUAUUAUGUCACAUUGGAUGGUAAAUGGAUGCACUGGAACACGUGUACAGAAGAAUACAUGUAUCCAUCUCACACCACCCCAGAAUACAGCUCCAUCCUGGUGCCAAAUGUCGACAAUGUGAGGACCGACUUUCUCAUUAAAACCAUCGCCAAACAGGGCAAGGCUGUGCUGUUAAUUGGUGAACAAGGAACAGCCAAGACUGUCAUAAUCAAGGGAUUUAUGUCAAAAUACGAUCCCGAAAGUCACAUGAUCAAGAGUCUGAACUUUUCUUCUGCAACCACCCCGUUGAUGUUUCAGAGGACAAUAGAGAGUUAUGUGGAUAAACGCAUGGGUACGACAUAUGGACCUCCUGCAGGAAAGAAGAUGACUAUUUUUAUUGAUGACGUGAAUAUGCCAAUAAUCAAUGAGUGGGGAGACCAGGUUACUAAUGAGAUCGUACGACAGCUGAUGGAACACAAUGGAUUUUAUAACCUUGAGAAGCCUGGGGAGUUUACCAGCAUUGUGGACAUCCAGUUUUUGGCUGCCAUGAUCCAUCCUGGGGGUGGACGCAAUGACAUACCCCAAAGACUCAAAAGGCAGUUCUCUGUAUUUAACUGCACACUGCCUUCUGAUGCUUCCAUGGACAAGAUCUUUGGUGUCAUUGGGGUGGGCUACUACUGCAGCCAGAGGGGUUUCCCAGAAGAAGUGAGUGACUUAGUGGCCAAACUGGUGCCCCUGACACGUCGACUAUGGCAGAUGACCAAGAUGAAAAUGCUCCCAACCCCUGCGAAAUUCCAUUACGUUUUUAACCUUCGAGAUCUUUCUAGGAUCUGGCAGGGAAUGCUGAACACUACUUCCAAAGUUAUCAAGGAAUCUGAUGCGCUGUUAAGGCUGUGGAAGCAUGAAUGUAAACGUGUCAUAGCUGAUCGGUUCACAGUGUCUGAGGAUGUGACCUGGUUUGAUAAGGCUUUAGUAAGUUUGGUGGAAGAGGAGUUCGGUGAAGAGAAAAAGCUUUUUGUUGAUUGUGGAAUUGACGAUUAUUUUGUGGAUUUCUUGAGGGAUGCACCUGAAGCAACAGGUCAAACAUCUGAGGAGGAGGCAGACGUUGAAAUGCCCAAAAUUUAUGAGCCAAUUGAGUCUUUUAAUCACCUGAAAGAGCGUUUGAAUAUGUUCCUGCAGCUCUAUAAUGAGAGCAUCCGAGGCGCUGGCAUGGACAUGGUGUUCUUUGAAGAUGCGAUGGUUCAUUUAGUCAAGAUCUCUCGGAUUAUUCGCACUCCCCGGGGCAAUGCCCUCCUUGUUGGGGUGGGUGGAUCAGGAAAGCAGAGCUUGACAAGGUUGGCUUCAUUCAUUGCUGGCUACUCAUCCUUCCAGAUCACUCUGACACGAUCGUAUAACACAUCAAACCUGAUGGAAGACCUGAAGAUCUUGUACAGAACGGCAGGUCAGAGAGGCAAAGGAAUCACUUUUAUUUUCACGGACAAUGAGAUUAAAGAAGAAUCAUUUCUGGAAUAUAUGAAUAAUGUUUUAUCAUCUGGUGAGGUCUCCAACCUAUUUGCUCGUGAUGAAGUUGAUGAGAUUACUAGUGAUCUUGCAUCUGUCAUGAAAAGAGAAUUCCCUCGACGCCCUCCUACUAACGAGAACCUGUAUGACUACUUCAUGAGUCGGGUCCGACAGAACCUUCAUAUCGUGCUCUGCUUUUCGCCAGUGGGUGAAAAAUUUCGAAAUCGUGCUUUGAAGUUCCCUGCCCUUAUUUCAGGAUGCACUGUAGACUGGUUCAGCCGAUGGCCUAAGGAUGCCUUAGUUGCUGUGUCUGAACACUUCCUCUCAUCCUAUGAUAUUGACUGCAGUUUGGAAACCAAGAAGGAGGUGGUCCAGUGCAUGGGCUCCUUUCAGGAUGGAGUGGCCGAGAAGUGUGUGGAUUAUUUCCAGAGAUUCCGACGUUCUACCCACGUGACACCCAAAUCGUACCUGUCCUUUAUCCAGGGGUAUAAGUUGAUAUAUGGAGAAAAGCGUGCGGAAGUGCAAACCCUGGCCAAUAGAAUGAAUACUGGAUUGGAAAAACUAAAAGAAGCUUCAGAAUCUGUUGCAGCCCUGAGCAAAGAGCUAGAAGUGAAAGAAAAGGAGCUACAAGUAGCCAAUGAAAAAGCCGACACGGUCUUAAAAGAAGUGACAAUGAAAGCACAGGCUGCUGAAAAGGUCAAGGCUGAGGUCCAGAAGGUGAAGGACAAGGCCCAGGCCAUUGUAGACAGCAUCUCUAAAGAUAAGGCCAUUGCUGAAGAAAAACUGGAAGCAGCAAAACCAGCUUUGGAGGAAGCAGAGGCAGCAUUGCAGACCAUCAAGCCCUCCGACAUCGCGACAGUCCGCACGCUGGGCCGCCCCCCGCACCUCAUCAUGAGGAUCAUGGACUGUGUGCUGCUGCUGUUUCAGAGGAGAGUCAACGCAGUGAAGACGGACCCGGAGAGAGGCUGCACAGCUCCUUCCUGGCAGGAGUCGUUAAAACUGAUGACCGCAGGGAACUUUCUGCAGAACCUACAGCAAUUCCCGAAAGACACAAUCAAUGAAGAAGUGAUAGAAUUUUUGAAUCCUUACUUUGAAAUGGCAGACUACAACAUCGAAACAGCUAAACGUGUAUGUGGGAACGUGGCCGGUCUUUGUUCCUGGACCAAAGCCAUGGCUUCCUUCUUUUCUAUCAACAAAGAGGUGUUGCCUCUGAAGGCCAACUUGGUGGUGCAGGAGAAUCGCCAUGUCCUGGCCAUGCAGGACCUGCAGAAGGCCCAGGCCGAGCUGGACGACAAGCAAGCGGAGCUUGACGUGGUGCAGGCCGAAUAUGAACAGGCCAUGAUUGAGAAGCAGACCUUACUUGAAGAUGCAGAACGGUGUAGACAUAAGAUGCAGACAGCCUCCACACUGAUCAGUGGCUUGGCAGGUGAAAAGGAAAGAUGGACAGAGCAAAGCAAAGAGUUUGCUGCACAAACUACAAGACUUGUGGGGGAUGUAUUGUUGGCUACAGCUUUUUUAUCUUACUCUGGUCCAUUUAACCAAGAAUUUCGCAAUCUGUUGUUAAACGACUGGCAGAAGGAGAUGAAAGCCCGGAAAAUUCCAUUUGGAAGCAAUCUAAAUCUCAACGAGAUGUUGAUUGAUGCUCCUACUAUUAGUGAGUGGAACCUCCAAGGGCUGCCAAAUGAUGACCUGUCCAUUCAGAAUGGAAUUAUUGUCACAAAGGCAUCUCGCUAUCCUUUGUUAAUUGAUCCACAGACUCAAGGCAAGAUCUGGAUUAAAAAUAAGGAAAACCGCAAUGAACUCCAGAUCACAUCUCUAAACCACAAGUACUUCAGAAAUCACCUGGAGGACAGUCUUUCUCUUGGAAGGCCCUUGCUUAUUGAAGAUGUUGGGGAGGAACUAGAUCCAGCCCUGGAUAAUGUUUUGGAAAGAAACUUCAUUAAAACUGGGUCUACCUUUAAGGUGAAAGUCGGUGACAAGGAAGCAGAUGUUAUGGAUGGCUUUAGACUCUACAUCACCACCAAGCUGCCCAAUCCAGCCUACACCCCUGAAAUUAGUGCUCGCACCUCCAUCAUCGAUUUCACUGUCACUAUGCGAGGUCUAGAAGAUCAGUUACUGGGGAGGGUCAUUCUCACAGAGAAGCAGGAACUGGAGAAAGAACGAACUCACCUUAUGGAGGAUGUGACUGCCAACAAAAGAAGGAUGAAGGAACUCGAAGAUAAUUUGCUUUACCGUCUGACGAGUACUCAGGGGUCCCUGGUGGAAGACGAGAGUCUCAUUAUUGUGCUGAGUAACACAAAAAGGACAGCUGAGGAGGUGACACAGAAGCUGGAGAUUUCUGCUGAGACAGAAAUUCAAAUUAACUCUGCCCGGGAGGAGUACAGACCUGUUGCAACGAGGGGCAGCAUUCUCUACUUUCUCAUCACGGAAAUGCGCUUGGUUAAUGAGAUGUAUCAGACUUCGCUGCGCCAGUUCCUGGGCUUGUUUGACCUUUCCUUAGCCAGGUCUGUCAAGAGCCCAGUUACCAGCAAGAGGAUCGCUAAUAUCAUCGAGCACAUGACCUAUGAGGUUUAUAAGUAUGCUGCUCGAGGGCUGUAUGAGGAGCACAAAUUCCUGUUCACCUUGUUGCUUACCCUGAAGAUCGACAUCCAGAGGAACCGCGUCAAGCAUGAAGAGUUUCUCACCCUGAUUAAAGGUGGUGCCUCAUUGGACCUUAAAGCUUGCCCUGCUAAACCAUCUAAAUGGAUCCUGGACAUGACCUGGCUGAAUCUGGUGGAACUCAGCAAACUGAGACAGUUUUCAGAUGUUCUUGAUCAGAUUUCAAGAAAUGAGAAAAUGUGGAAAAUUUGGUUUGAUAAGGAAAACCCUGAAGAGGAACCUUUUCCAAAUGCCUAUGAUAAAUCUCUCGAUUGCUUCAGACGCCUUCUUCUUAUUAGGUCCUGGUGUCCUGAUAGAACCAUUGCCCAGGCCCGCAAGUACAUCAUGGACUCCAUGGGAGAAAACUAUGCCGAAGGCAUAAUUCUGGACUUGGAAAAGACAUGGGAGGAAUCCGACCCUCGAACACCACUCAUCUGUCUCCUGUCUAUGGGCUCAGACCCCACGGAUUCCAUCAUUGCCUUGGGGAAGAGAUUGAAAAUAGAAACGCGCUAUGUGUCCAUGGGCCAGGGCCAGGAAGUCCACGCUCGCAAGCUCUUGCAGCAGACCAUGGCCAGCGGAGGAUGGGCGCUUCUGCAGAACUGCCAUCUGGGACUUGAUUUCAUGGAGGAGCUGAUGGCCAUAAUCACAGAGGCUGAGACUGUACACGACGCUUUCCGCCUGUGGAUGACCACCGAGGUUCAUAAGCAGUUCCCCAUUACGCUGCUUCAGAUGUCCAUUAAAUUUGCCAACGAGCCUCCACAGGGCCUCCGGGCAGGACUGAAAAGAACAUACAGCGGUGUGAGCCAGGACCUGCUGGACGUGAGCACUGUGGCCCAGUGGAAGCCCAUGCUGUACGCGGUGGCUUUCCUGCACUCCACGGUCCAGGAGAGGCGCAAGUUUGGUCCACUCGGCUGGAAUAUACCCUAUGAGUUCAAUCAAGCAGACUUUAAUGCCACUGUGCAGUUCAUCCAGAACCACUUGGAUGACAUGGAUAUCAAAAAGGGAGUCUCCUGGACCACUGUCCGCUACAUGAUAGGAGAAAUUCAAUAUGGAGGGAGAGUCACUGACGACUACGAUAAGAGAUUGUUGAACACUUUUGCUAAGGUUUGGUUCAGUGAAAAUAUGUUUGGAGCUGAUUUCAGCUUUUAUGAAGGAUACAACAUUCCAAAAUGCAGCACUGUGGAGAACUAUCUUCAGUAUAUCCAGAGUUUACCAGCCUAUGACAGCCCCGAGGUGUUCGGGUUGCACCCCAACGCUGACAUCACCUACCAAAGUAAGCUGGCCAAGGACGUGCUGGACACCAUUCUUGGCAUCCAACCCAAGGACAGCUCUAGUGGAGGUGACGAGACCCGGGAGGCUGUGGUGGCCAGGUUGGCUGAUGAUAUGCUGGAGAAGCUGCCCCAAGACUAUAGCCCAUUUGAAGUGAAGGAGAGGCUGCAGAAGAUGGGGGCAUUCCAGCCAAUGAACAUUUUCCUCAGGCAGGAGAUAGACAGAAUGCAGAGGGUCCUCAGCCUUGUCCGGAGCACCCUGACCGAGCUGAAACUCGCUAUCGAUGGCACCAUCAUCAUGAGUGAAAAUCUCCGAGACGCUUUGGAUUGCAUGUUUGAUGCUAGAAUUCCUGCUCUGUGGAAAAAAGCUUCUUGGGUGUCAAGUACACUGGGUUUCUGGUUUACUGAACUUAUAGAAAGAAACUGCCAGUUUGCCUCUUGGGUUUUCAAUGGCCGACCCCACUGUUUUUGGAUGACUGGCUUCUUUAACCCCCAAGGAUUUUUAACUGCAAUGCGCCAGGAAAUAACUCGUGCCAACAAAGGCUGGGCGCUGGACAAUAUGGUGCUUUGCAAUGAGGUCACCAAGUGGAUGAAGGACGACAUUUCUGCCCCUCCGGCCGAGGGUGUCUAUGUCUAUGGCUUAUAUCUUGAAGGUGCUGGCUGGGACAAGAGAAACAUGAAACUCAUUGAAUCAAAACCUAAAGUGCUGUUUGAGUUGAUGCCUGUCAUAAGGAUUUUUGCAGAAAACAAUAGUCUCAGAGAUCCUCGGUUUUACUCCUGCCCCAUCUACAAGAAGCCAGUUCGAACAGACUUAAACUACAUUGCCGCCGCAGAGCUCCGGACGGCCCAGCCCCCUGAACACUGGGUGCUCCGUGGGGUCGCCCUCCUCUGUGACGUGAAGUAA